CGGUUAAUCGACGACGACGGGAUCGUCAGUCGGUCGGAAAGCGUCGCGGCGCUCGGUGCACUCUCGCUGCACUCUCCUGCUACCUCCCUUUCGCUCCCCUCCUGUCACCGAGCACAAAGAGUCGCAAGACGAGCCACGAAGAGUCGCCAGCCAGCCAGGACCGCGACCGCGACCACGACGUCGGCGUUUCCUGUCGCGCGGCGGGCGAUACUCCACGGCGAGCAUGAUGCGAGUAGGCGCCGCGCGAUUCGGAUGACGAACAAGAGCGAAGACGCGAGGAGGGUCAUGUCCGGCGGCGAAGUGCGGAGCGGAAGUUGACGAGGACGAGAGGAAGUCGAGGAGGAGUGACGACGGUUGCCUUGAGAACGAGAACGACAAAGACGACGACGACGACGAGGAUGUUCCUCGCGCAGAGAUGACCGAUUGCUCGGCUCGACGCUGAAGAACAAGUACGCGACGCGCUCGCGAACGCCGCGAAAGGAAAAAGGUCGUUGCGAGACGGCACCAGGGAGCAGCGAACGUUGCCUUAGCCCUGCGGGGGGGAAUGCGGGCCGCGGAAUCCUCUACCUCGAAAUCGUGAUAUAUCUUUUGUACGUAUCUUGUAAAGGCCGCGUGUCGAACACGAACACCGUCUCUCUCUCUCUCUCUCUCUCUCUCUCUUUCUCUCUUUCUUUCUCUCUCUCUCCCUCUUUCUCGGAUCAUCUCAGUGGCCUCGGCGAGCGAGAAGAUCAGCCGACUAUUUCGGGCGCGCGACCGACUCUCGGGAACGCGCGCGGCAACUUUUCAUUUCGGUUAAAGGCGAGAGCGAGAAAGGACCGCUCGAGGGUGAGAACCUUUUAUCACGGAGCGUCACGUCGAGCUCGGAAAAUUAAAAAGCGGCCGUGACGACGACGACACGCUAACAGCUGCGACAACAUCGCGCCGAGGGGAGGUUGUCGAACGCUUCGCGUUGUCGUCGGAGGUGCCUGACUCGAAAGAAGACGCAGGGUUCAGAAGGGUCACGAGGGUGGGUGGCGGUGGUGGUAGCAGUCGUGUCGGUCGAGAGAGCAGCUGCGGCGGCAAUAGUCGUAACGCUACUAACGACUGCUGCAGCUACGCUAGUGUUAGUAACGGUAGUAGUAGUAGUAGUAGCAGUAGCAGCAGCAGCAGCAGCAGCAGCAGCAGCAGUAGCGACAGCAUAAGCUGCAAUUCUAGUGUUGGUGGUGCAGAUGGUAGUAGUGGUGAUCGUGGUAGUGGUGGUGGUGGUGGUGAUGGUAGUGGUGGCUAUAGCAGUGGUAACGUCGUCGUAGUCGAUGGUGGUAGUCGUAGUACUUGUGUCAGUGGAAAACUGUCGUGUAAGGGUGGCUCGACGCGACUCGUAAUAAAGGGACCGGUGGAGGGCCCGGAAAGCAGCAGGGUGGCCGCGCGAGUGCACCCGAGUUGGGGAACGGGCGCGAGAGGGGUGAGUCCCUCUGCACCCUCAGGACGGGCAUGUCCCGCGGCCGACGGCGUCCCCGGUCGCAACGUCGCUGUCGGCGCUACGACGCGGAAUCGCCGGCCGAUGGGCGCCAAUCUCACUAAGCAGAGCAGGAGGGAGGCCACGCAACGAGAUGUGGAACGAGAACGCCGGCAACGAAUGGAGGCCGAAGCUCGGGUACGCGAAGCUACGGCCGAGGCUGAGAGAGCGCGCUCGAGAGUCCAUCAUCUUCAGAGAGAGUUGGCCAGGAUGGAGGAGUCGUCGCGGGGCCUGCUGCAACAGAAGCACCGGGCCGAACAGCUGAAGCAAGAGAAAACGGCGCUGACACUGUCCUACGAGGCACGCGUGCACCAGUACCAGGCGCAGAUCUCGAAGCUGCAGCUGGAGAACGAGUCGAUGCGGGGUCAGCUGCGCGGUCUGGAGGCAGCAUGCGCUGGUGAAGUGCACGCCGCGCUGGUCGCACGACUGGCGACCCUGGAGACGGAACACGCGGCCUUGGCGCGGGACGCCGACGCCCAGCGUCGGCAAUACGAGCGGUGCCUGGACGACGUCGCCAACCAGGUGGUCCGCGCCCUCCUAUCCCAAAAGGGUCUCAGAGAGGAAAUAGGCGCGUUGCAGAGACGUAUACGAGAGCUUGAGGCUCAGAAUCGAGCACUGUCGGGAUUGCUGGCGCAGGCUGCCAGUCCUGGUAGCCCCACCGAACUGAUCCAAGGAAUCCUCGAGGCCGGUCCGGCCGCUCUGGUGGCCGCCUUGGGCUUGGAUCCAGCUUGGGUGCCCCUCUCGAGGCCACGAUCCUUAAACUUGCAGAUACCCAUGAUGGCAGCCACCAAGUGCCGACGCAGCAGACCUCUCGCGCAAAAGCCUUCGGAGGAGGAGGGCAGCGAGAGCCCAGAGAGCGGUAACCGGGACGAGGGCUACUCGACCAUGUCCAGCGACGUCCAGGGUGAGGGCACGCGCCAAGAGCCGUCGCGCGGCCUCGAGGACCUCAAGGAAGCUACCGACGAGACCGAGGCCGACGUGUCGCCGGACGCACGCCUCGUCGCCCUCGACGCCGGCGACCCCGACGUCCUCUUUCUACCUCUGAACCUCACGGUCGGCAUCAACCCGCGCCACAGCUACCCGCCCACCAAGGAGCUGCUGCCGUACCAGCACGUGAUGCGCAGCUUUUCCGACAGCCACCUCUGCCUCAAGCUCACCACCACCGCCAAUUUCACGCCGUACAAGCUACCCAGUCCCAUGGGAUCGUCCUCCCUGCUGCUGGUGGAGGAGGAGGGCUGGGACGCUGAGUACGUGCAACAAUGGCUCAGGCUCGACGACAGCAGGAGCGCGCAACAACACCGAGACUUGCUCGAAUUAGAGUACGACAGGGCGGAGCUGGAGGAUUGGAGCUUCUCGUUGUCCACGGAGGACCUCGUGCAAAAUGAAUCGGCAAUGUGGAAGGAACCGGCUACAAACACACCCGCCUUGCCGGCAAUCAAGGAGCAUAAUCCCCUGGAAUUGGAGGAGGACGCGAACGAGUGUCUGUGGAACGGCGCGAGUUAUCUCGCCGACAGAGCCGGAGGGGAGCUGGUCGCGCUUCUAAUGGACGCGAGGGCGACUGGACCUUGGCCGUACGCGUCGAGUCCCGGCGCGUCUUGGAGCAGCGAAGAAGGAGCGCUGGAGAACUCGAGCAAGAGGUCGUCGGCGGCGCUCUCCGGCUGCAGCGACGACCCUGACACGCCGUCGAUCGGCACCGACUUCACCAGGGACUUUUAUAGACUGGUGAAGUUCGAGAGCACAAAGAGCCUGGCCAGCACGUCGUCCAGGAGCGGGAGACCGCCGCCGGACAGGGAGCAGGCGCUUCAGAGCGUCCUAUCGUUCAUCGCCGAGCAGCAGAUGUACCUCGCGGAGUUGCCGAACAACCCCGUGGAACCUCAUAACGGCCUGUCUCACUCGACCGAAGUUAUAGAAGUGGGCAGCAGCAAAAGCGAUUCCACGGCGGAGUCGAAGGUCUCGGCCGAGGUGGAGGGAUCAAUCGCUCCGGAGAGCAGCAGCAACAUCGGGAGCGCGAACGAGAGCAACGACGAGCUGCUGCUCGAUCAGAUACAAGUGCCGCCGUUGGCACCCGAGGAGAGGAUCGUGAGCGCCGUGUCAUGUAACGGAGGUAUCUCGUACACGACGGUCGCGCCAUCGGAAUUGGGAGCCGUGCCCGAGGAGGACGAGGAGGCUGCAACCUCUUCCACGCCUAGUACAGUUGUCAGCCCAGCGCGAGCGACCCUCCUCGUGGAGGGUAGAGAUCGAACGUUGAGUUUCCACGAACGCGCCACGUCCAAGGACGUCAUAGACGAGUUGAAUCGCAUGAUUCGGAAGGGAGAGGACAACGCCGCCGUCAGCAACAACGAGCCUCAGGUAGCGCUGGAGAAACUGGACCUCGCUUGCUGCUGCCCGACAGGAUGGGUUCACGUUGAACGCGACAUUGACUUCACCGACCCCAAGGCCAGAGCCAAUCUCUUAGAUGUGAUGUUAGCAAGCAGCGAAAGUUCCUCGGCGACGUCGAGCAGCGGUUCGGCGGGCAGCGACUCGGGAGACGAACCACCCGAUUACCGUCACUUGCACAGAUUACACCGGUACCGACGACAAAAGAAAGCGUCGGCGGCCCAGGCGCACCGCGUCCUCCGACUGCCGUCCACCUGGGGCUCGUCUAGGCCGUCGAUCAUCGGUCGCGGCGACGACUUCUUCGUGCGCUACGGGGACAAGGAGCGCGAGGCGGUGGCCUCCUUCGAUUUCCUCGACGAGUUCGUCGCGGCGCCGCCCUCCUCGCUCGGCUCGGACAGCAGACCGCUCGACCCGGACGACGCGCCGUCCGCCGAUCUCAACAGCGACAUCAUGAAGCUCUCGCCGCUCUAGAACCGGUCCCGAGGCAACGGCGACGACGAUGGCGACGGCCUAUCGUAGAAUGAAUGAACGAACGAACGAACGAACGAACGAACGAACGAACGAGUGAACGAAUGUGCGAACGAGCGAACGUCGAUUUCUCUUCCGAACGCGAACUUUUCCCGGUCGGCUUUCCCGGAGAGAAAGAGAGUUUAGCUAAGUUUCUGCCUUUCCAUCGUGGAGAAAUUCGGUUUUGUUCUUCUCUUUUCUUAUGAAUAUGAGAAGUCCAUUUUUAGCAGAAGCGAGAAAAACGUAAUUUUCAAGCGGAGAAACGCGCGAGUCGCCGGGAAGAGGCUCUCGUCGAACGCGACCUCGUCACAGAUUGCUGAAUCUUCUCUCGUACAAACAUGUAGCGAAUCAAAAUGACUAACUGAACGACCUGACCGUCUGAUCCUAUUUAACGCGGUGCGUAAUUACUUGUGAACGGUCGUCUACCCCUUCGUUAUCAACGCUCUUACUUUCGCAAUCGCGUGUUGAAACGGCGAAGCUCGUCCUUCUAGGACGAGAGAACGAUUUGUAUAUUAUUCUGUACGAACGUCUUGGUCGUCGCGCCUCGACUUUUUAUGAUCUCGCGUCGCGUCGUGUCUUAUCGGUGAAAGUGAUAAGCGGAGCCGAGGUCGAGUAACUUCGAGACGCGUCGCGGUUCGAGAUAGAUUAUUGUUUUCAGACAAGAAUCCGUCUUGUCUUUUUCUCUGCGAGCUUCCUCUUAUUCGAGAUACAAAUAAAACUCAUCGUGGUACAGUCGAAAGCAGAUAAAGAUUGGAUCCAACCGACGAGAAUGGAUUGGUCCUGGCCGAGUCCAGGCUGAAUUCCUUGUCCAGACCUAGACUGAAUUCAAGCUGGUCCAGGUUGGUUCUGUAUUAGCCAAACCGAAUACAGAUAGCUCUAAUAGCUUUCUUGGUAUCGAAUGAUGCGAGAGGACACAAAUUCCGCGAUUAUCUCACCUUCCACUGUACCUCGGUGCGCCGAACGAAGAAAAGGAUCUAAUAAUGAAUACGUGAGGAUAAAUAUUAGUCAGAGAAUUAGCGAUAAGGAUUAUGUAAGCUGUGGUCAACCUGUGACACACUAAAAAUAGCGUGUACGACGAGCAUGAAUCGCCACGAUCGGAAGGCUCUCUUCACCGAAAUGAACGCACAUUGACGACGCGUAGUCGUAGAUUUAGAACUCAUCCUGUAAUCAUUUUACGAAAAUCUUGCGAACAUCGCGUGUCACGGCACGUGACUUGCGAAAAAUAAAAUCUCCAACAGUUCAAAAACAUCACGAGAGAAAAUCUUUUCAUAUAAAUUCACGCCUCGAUAAAAAAAUAUAUUAUUUACGGGUGAAAAUCUCACACAUUUUUUUCGGAUUAACUCCUUAGACGUGUCCUAACACAAAAAUUCAGAUUUAACUCGGUAGAACCGAUAGGCUUCGUUUAACAAGCACGAUUUCUAAUUCUCCGGAACAUUAAAUUUGGUUAAAAAGACCGUUUUCAGGGUCGUUAUCGAAUCAUCGUAACGACUUAUAAUGCGAGAAAAACGCAAGUCGCGACGCGUCACCAUUCAAAAUGAGCUUAAAGAGAAAGAGAGCGUAGACUAAGAAAACACUCGUCGAUUUUCUAUGAACCGCUAUAGAUAUUUUGUACUCUCCCCCGUCGCGAAUCGUCGACGAGCGUCAAGAGCCGCGAUCGUUAGUCGAUACAAUUCGGUCCACGCACGACAAACUAUUUCCUUCUGUCCUUACAUGUGUAAGAGCGCAAAACAUGAGUCUGUAUAUUUCGCUUCCGAACUUUGUAAUAUAGCGAAUGAUGUGUACGUGUAUGUAUGGAAGAGAGAAAGAGAGAGAGAGAGAAAGAGAGAGAGAGGCAUUCGCGCUUAGAAAAAAGAAUAAGUCGACGAAAUAACGAAAAUUACUUGUUGUGUGAACGGAGGUAGGUAUAACUUCGGUGUGAUUUAUACGAAAUUCGUCGCUACGAAGGCGAACGGACUUCUCAGCGUAACGUUUGAUCGAGGUAGGCGUAAUAUCACUAGCGUACAUAAGCUUUAGGAUAUAAACGAGUCGAUAGAGAUCGAAGAUAUUUUACACGUAGCUGUAUACCCGCAUGUGAGACGAGUACGUUCAAUAUUUCGAGGUGGAGGCUGCACGGACAUCAGGUUGUCCCGCGUUUGCUCGCGUUGCUGCUUUUCUAGUCAAGCAAGUGAGAGACGAUUUUCAAUUCUUUUACAAUGACGCACCCGAUCGCGCUUGUCGAUUCUGCGAGGUGCAUGUUAUCUCUUAUUAAGCGAACGAAACCAGACUACUAUCUCGAAUCGUUUUGAUGACAACCUCAUCAUUCCGAAGCUCGCGACCUCGCGGACUUGUCAGGAAACACAUAUUUUUCCCAGAUAAUACUUCGAAAAUGUCCGACACAUUCAAAUCGCGAUCAUCGUGGUAUUUUGAUAUUAUGUUAUUAAAUGGUCACGAUCUUUAAAUCGCGCUAUGAGAUAAGCCUGCUUGACGACGGCGUAAAUAAUAGCGAAACGAAAUUUCAAACAUGAUUGUCGAACGAUAGCGUGGAUGUGGCGCAAUUAGUGAGGAAACUUUCGUUCGUGCUUAAUUAAACGUAAAAAGGAACAUUGCUAUCUACGCUAAUGACGCGCAGCGUCGAAGGUUUAAUUGGCGCUAAUUAGUGACAAUUCUAAAACGCGAAGAACCAUUUCCUGCAUAACAUGCUAUAAUUAAUACUACAUUUUUCGGUCGCGAUUCAUUCGAAUGUCACAAGCGAUAACGCAAAACGUUCGGUCGCGGUGAAAAAGAGAGACGGCGAAAGGAAGCGAAGAGCAACCUUUCCCCGAGGAAACAACUUUUGUCCUGCAGCCUGAGAAUAAUAGACUAACGAUAUAGCUUUAAGAUGUUUGUAAGUUCUCUAUCUUGGGGACGACAUGGCACGUCCGUCCGCGUUCGAUUCCCGGUCGAGGCGUAGUCCCACCAGCAGCAAAGUCAAACGAUAAUCGCGCGAAAUGAGGACUCAGUGUGUACGACGGACGAUAUGUGUGUGACUUUGUACAUAGUUAUGUAUCAUAGCUCAAUGCAGAUGUAAGUUAUCCUCUCUUGAACUUAAUAAAUAACGACAAUAUACGAAACGUAAAGAGAACAAAAAAGAAGAAUCCAACAAGCACGUGUAACCGAUUGUUGUUGUCUACGUUUAUUUAAUGAAUGUACAGAGCUGGACACAUAUAUAAACAUACAUACACAUACA